AUGAAGCUGACUUUUAUUUUCUCUCUCAUUCUCCUUCCUCUCUUAGCCUCAUGUCUGAAGAACCUGCAGGUAUACAUCGUAUACUUUGGAGCACACAAAGGAGACAAAACAUUGGAUGAAAUAGAAGAGAUGCAUCUCUUAUAUCUUUCAUCCGUGAAGGAAACUAAAGAAGAAGCAAGAAGUUCUCUUAUUUAUAGCUAUAAGCAUAGCAUCAAUGGUUUUGCUGCAUUACUUACACAAGAUGAAACCUCAAAACUAUCAGAGAUAGAUGAAGUUGUAUCUGUUUUUCGUAGUGAUGCAAACAAAUACUCACUGCAGACUACAAGAUCAUGGAGUUUCUUAGGGUUAGAUGGAUUAGAAGAUGAAAACAUGUAUGAUUGGAACCAAUUAAGUACCUCUGGAAGAGAAUUACUAUCGAAAUCUAAAUACGGCAAGGAUAUUAUUGUUGGGAUCAUAGAUAGCGGUGUAUGGCCAGAAUCGAAGAGUUUCAAUGAUAAGGGGAUGGACCCUAUUCCAGAAUCAUGGAAGGGAGAUUGUCCAAUAGAUGGAGACGAUUUUAACUCCUCACAUUGUAGUAGGAAAAUCAUCGGAGCAAGGUACUACAUUAAAAAUUUCGAACAAGAUCACGGCCUACUAAAUGCCUCGGAGGACAGUCGUUCACCGCGUGACUGGGAUGGACAUGGAACACAUACAGCCUCAAUAGCAGUUGGGCGAAGUGUUGAAGGUGCGGCAGCAUUGGGUGGAUUUGGUGUUGGGACUGCAUCUGGUGGAGCUCCAAAGGCGCACCUUGCCGUAUACAAAGUAUGUUGGACUAUGCCUAAUCAACCAAUAGCACGAAAGUUCACAUGUUUUUCAGCUGACAUACUGGCAGGCAUUGAUGAUGCCAUUGCAAAUGGUGUCCAUGUGUUGAGUAUUUCUAUUGGCAUGCCUGAACAUACUCCUUAUGAUGAAGAUGGUAUUGCAAUUGGUGCACUUCAUGCCAUACAAAAUAACAUUGUAGUGGUGUGUGCUGCUGGGAACUCAGGCCCUACCCCAGGAACAGUGGUAAAUGUGGCACCUUGGAUUAUCACUGUGGGUGCUAGUAGCAUAGAUCGCAAAUUCCUUGCUCCGCUUACGUUAGGAAACGGAUUGGAAUUGACGGGGCAAACCGUGAGUCCAUACACAUUAGAAGAUAUGCACCCAUUAGUAUACGCAGGAGAUGUUGAAAAUGCCGAUGUUCCCCACCAUGUAAAAGGACAAUGCCUUGAUGGUACUCUUUCACCCCAAAAAGUUACAGGAAAAAUAGUAUUGUGUGGUAAUCGACCAGGAUUACCAGGUUCGACAGUGGAAAAAUGCGCUGAGGUGAAAAGAGCCGGAGGUGUUGGUUUCAUCUUUGAGAAUAAUCCAACAAUGGGUUCAGAAUUAAUAGUCGAAACUCAUCUUCUUCCAGCCAUUGCAUUAACGGCUUCCGAUACGUUGAUAGUCGGUAUAUACAUCAAAUUCAGUGAGAAUGCAAAGGCAACUAUAGGAGUAGCAAAGACAUUGUUGCACAAUAAACCGGCACCGUCAAUAGCACACUUCAGUGCUAGGGGUCCAAGUAUGGUUGAUCCUCAUAUUCUUAAGCCUGACUUAGUGGCUCCAGGUUUAAAUAUAUUGGCAGCAUGGAGUGAGAAAUCAUCUCCUACAAGGUUAUUAAGUGAUCAUCGAAGAGUCAAGUAUAAUAUUAUUUAUGGGACAUCUAUGGCUGCCCCUCAUGUGGCUGCCAUUGCUUCUCUUGUGAAAGCAAUUCAUCCUAAAUGGAGUAGUGCGGCUAUAAAAUCUGCUAUAAUGACUACAUCGUCAAUGAAAAACAACAUGGAUUCUUUAGUACUUGAUUCUAAUGGUGUUGCUGCAACUCCCUUUACACUUGGGUCUGGUCAGGUCUCACCAGUAAAAGCUGUAGAUCCAGGUUUAAUAUAUGACUGCUCCUACACUAACUAUCUCAUCUAUCUUUGUAGUGGAGGGUUGAAAAAUAUCAAUGGAUUGAGUAAAUUUGACCCAACAUUCAAGUGUCCCAAAGAUCAAGUCCCACUAUACAAUCUCAAUUACCCAUCACUAGCGCUCCCCAAUAUUAAAGACAUGGUAAUGGUUUCAAGGACUGUCACUAAUGUUGGGAAUCCAAGGUGUGUUUAUUACUUCACGGUGGAACAGCCAUAUGGAAUCUCUGUGGAAGCCUUUCCUGAUGUUCUGUACUUUGAUCACAUUGGCCAAAACAAGAAUUUCACCAUUCGAGUGACUCCAACUGCCAUUGCUAAGGAGCAUCACAAAGACAAUUAUGCCUUCGGGUGGUAUACUUGGAUUAAUGGUGACCAUGUUGUGAGAAGUCCAAUUGUAAUUUCUUUAGCAUAA